GAGGGAGUGGGCAGGCGCGGAUGAGAUCAUCGCCCGUUAUUUUGGAUCGACAGGCCCGAUCCGUCUACGAGGCCGCGGCGUGUCUCAGAACAAGCGAGGAGAAGGAGCAUCAGCCGGGCCGGCUCCUCCAUUCCGGGGCGGAGCGUACAGCAAUCCCUGCAGCACUGACACAUUGCCUCAGAGCUGGGAUACGCUUCAGUGGCACCAUGCAGUUUUUGACCACAUCUGCUGCGGUGCUGUGUCUGCUGGCUGGGGCAGCGGCAGCCAUUCACACCCCUGAGACAGUGUUUCUGGACAAGGAGCAGGCAACCUCCUUGAUCUCCCGUCAGAAGAGAAAUGCACCUUCCACCCUGGAGCAGGCUUGCAUGGAGAAGGUGUGCACCUACGAGGAAGCCAGAAAGUUCUUCCAGGACUCAUACCGCACGGAUAUCUUCUGGUCAGUUUACAUUGAUGGAGAUCAGUGUGCAGAGAAGCCCUGCAAGAAUGGCGCCAUGUGCUCGGACAGUGUGGGCGGCUACGAUUGCGUCUGUAAGUCGGGUUUCUCCGGAGUCCACUGCGAGAGAGACGAGACUCUGUGCACUCUGGAAAAGGACAAGGGCUGCUCCCAGUUCUGUAAACCAGGCUACGUAGCCUAUAAAUGUUCCUGCGCCCGUGGGUGGAAGCUCAGCACAGACAGGGAAAAGUGCAUACCUGCAGUUCAGUUCCCCUGUGGUAAGGUGUCCUAUCCACAAUCAUGGCAAGACAGAUUGUCCAGAAGCAGCACCAGCAACUCUGUGGGAUUUCCCUGUGGGGCUUUGGAUUGUCCAUGGCUGGCUCUUCUGGUGAGUUCAGAGUCUGCAGUUUUCUGUAGCGGAGUCAUUCUCAAGGAGAACUUGGUCCUGACUACAGCCCAGUGUGCCAGCAAAUACAGCUCCUUCCAGGUGGCUGUUGGCAAGCGCAGCACUAGCAGGAGUGAUGCUGGACAGCAGACGCUGUAUGUUAAAUUAACUCAUACCCACCCACGCUAUGUGGAAGGUCACCCUGAAAAUGAUCUGGCUGUGAUUGAGCUCCGUGACCGCAUCAUCUUUAAAAGAGAGGUAACUGCUGCCUGUCUGCCAGAAAGAGACUUUGCUGAGAGCAUUUUAAUGGCAGGUGAGCACCCAGCUGUGGUCACUGGCUGGAAGGAACCCGAGCAGAGAUCUGCUUUCCAGGACACGCUCGCCCUUAACACCCUGGUGUACAAUAAGCUGCCUGAGUGUCUGGAAACUCACCCCAACUUAAUGACCAACAAAAUGGGCUGCACUGCUCCUCGGGAAAAAGCUGACUGCACCAUGAGCUCCGGCAGCUCUUUGCUCACCCUGUACAGGGAUGUUUUCUUCCUCACUGGCGUGGUGAGUCAACCGGCAGGGGCUGACUGCAGCAAAGGCUACAUCUUCCAGAAGGUGUCGCGCUACCUCGGCUGGUUGCAGCAAAGGAUGGGUUCAGGUUAGAAGGGGACGUUCCAGAGCACACAGAGGUUAUUGAUCACGGAAUAGGAUAAUACAGGUUAAUAAAUGAUAAGACAGGGAACCUUAAUAUUUUAUUUCUCAAACUCUUCUUUAUCCUUGUCUUUCUGUAUUUUAAGAAUAUCCAUAAAUAACUUAACAUAUAUGUGACUGUCUCCAUCUUUCUUUGGCAUGUCUCGUUUAUCCACAAGGUGGCUCUCUGGUUACAUAAAUACAGAAGCACUCAUUGCAUGUAUCCUACAACUACAGAAGAAACAGCAAAAGAUGUGUGAAUUAUUCAGUAUGCAUUUUGUGAUGUGGAUGUAACCUCCUAAGUGGUAUUUUAUCCAACGCUGUACUCUUUGAUAUGCACCAUAUAAGACUACUAGUCAUGACAGUUGUAUGAAUUUAUUAAACUGUAACACCACU